UUGUGGCCCAGAUUUGCCGCGUCAUAAAGGUCAGAGAUUUCUGACCUCUACGUAGUCUGAAAAAUAGCCAUGCUGGCACCAGUUGUUUCUCUGUUGUCGCUGUUGAGUCUGUGUCGUGCCGAAUUUGAAAUAGCUUGUGUUUGCACAGUGCAGAAAACAGAGCAAUUUCACAUCGAGGAGUGUAACAGAUUAGACGAGCACAUUUUGCACGGAAAUUCAUUGGAAGGAGUUGAAUGGAGAUUUGGAGAGGACUGUUUGUCUACUGUGAAAGAAUUUAGUUUUGACAGAAGAUUUCUAAUUCCUCACGUUCUUGACGUAAACAUUGGUUCUGAUGGACUUAAAGUUGAUACAGCUGUAGGAAGCGCAAGCGUUGGAAAAGACGGCGUUGGAGUCGACACAGUUGUUGGGGGCGCAAAAGUGGGACCUAGUGGAGUCUCGGUAGAUACUGUUGCUGGUGGGGCUAGCGUCGGUAAAGAUGGCGUAUCGGGCAAUAUCAACACACCACUAGGUGGAGCUAGCGCUUCUGUUGGCACUGAUGGUCACGUGAGCGCUAGCGGAGACGUCAACGUUCCAAUGGUAGGAAGUUUAAACGGUAAUAUUGAUGUAGAUCACGGAAAAGUCAGUGGAGGUGGUGGUGGUUCAGUUACAAUUGACGGAGUUGAGGUUGGAGGUCAUGUUAAUGUUGAUAAAGAUGGGGGUGUCAGUGGAGGCGGCAGCGUUGGUGUAAACCUGGGUCCUCUCGCUCAUGCCUCGGUUGGGGUUGAUGUUGACUCUAGUGGUCAUGUAUCAACUGGAGUAGAAGGUCAUGCAGGUAUUGGUCCACUUAGUGUUGAUGGAAAAGUUUCAGUGGAUCAAAAUGGAAAAGUAACCGGGUCAGCUACUGGAGGUGCAAGUCUUGGUUCGCUUGGAAAUAUAGGUGGUAGCCUAAACGUCGAUUCAAGUGGUGUUUCUGGGGGUGCCACCGGAAAUGUGAAUGUUGGUGGUGCUAGUCUUUCAGGAAAUGUUAAUGCUGGACCUGGUGGAGUAAGCGGAGGGGCCACGGGUUCACUAAAUACAGGAAUCGGAUCGCUAAGUGGACAAAUUAGUGGUGGUUCUGGUGGCAUGUCUGGAAGCUUAAGUGGUUCUGCUAAUGUGGGAGGUCAAAGUGUAUCUGGGAGUGUGCAGGGAGGUGUUACAGGUGGCUCUUCAUCCAGUGGGUCUAGUUCCGGAAGUUCGUCGUCUUCCUCCAGUGGGUCUAGUUCCGGAAGUUCGUCGUCUUCCUCCAGUGGGUCUAGUUCCGGAAGCUCAUCCUCAUCCUCCAGUGUGUCCAGUUCCGGAAGCUCAUCCUCAUCCACCAGUGGCUCUGGCGGUGAUCCAAUGUCUUUUAUGUCAUCCUUUAACCAGGCUAUGAUACAAGGACCAAAGGCUUUUAUGCAAAUGUUGCAGAACAUGCAGAGUGGUUCUUCACAAAGCAGCCCCACUGGAUUUAAUCCUAUGACCUUCAAUCAGCAAGUUGGGACAGAAGCUUUCCUUCAACAAAUGGCAAAGACUGGGUAAAGCCUAUAGUCUGUAUGUAAGCGGUUAUUAGGCUCGGUGUUCCGCUUGUCUCGCUGUUUUUGUGUAUUCAUUUUUCAAAAUAAACUUUUUAAAAGAAUAA